UUCCGGUGGAACAGAUAAGUGCACAUAAAUUAUAUCAUUAGACAUACUAAUGAGCGUUAUCAGCUGUUUAUGUUACGCCCUCCUCCUCCUCCUCAUCCACGCAGUUAGAAGCGUUAGAUGUCAUAUGCACUGAGUAUCGAAGGAAGAGGAUUUUCGUCAACAGUUGUGAAAUUUAGCUGUGCAUGUACGCUGUUAUGAUAAGAAAGUUGAAAAUCGUUACUGGCACAUGACGCAGAGUGAGUGACAUUGCGUUCUGUGAAGUAGGUUUGCUCAAGGUGAUGUUCUUUGCAACGAGUAUAAUAGCCCAGAGGGCAAGAGAUUUCCUUUCUCCUUUACGAAAACUGCAUUGUGUAAAUGCCCGCAAGUUCACAAUGUUAGAGCUAUCAGAUUCAGUUUGGCGAACAAACGCUGCUCAACUUACCAUAAGCACCAUGGGUUCCUCAAGCUCUAAAACAAUGAAGGUUUCUAAUAAGAAAGGCAAGAUGAAGUCAUCAAAUGAUGACUAUGUGGAGGCCAUUGUAUGUCAAGAAUCAGACAUACAGGAAAAUGAGAUGAAGUCAUUUGAACUUGGGGAUGCAGGAAAAAUUCUUCUAGUGAAACAGAAUGGGAAAUUAUCAGCAAUAGGUUCCAAAUGUACCCAUUAUGGGGCUCCUCUUCACACUGGGGUGCUGGGUAAUGGGAGGGUCCGUUGUCCUUGGCAUGGAGCUUGCUUCAACACAGUCACAGGAGAUAUUGAGGACUUCCCAGGACUGGACAGUUUACCUUGUUAUCAGGUAGAGGUCCAGGAUGGAGGAGGUGUCAAAGUGAGAGCCAAGAAGGCAGAGGUGAAAUCCAGCAAGAGGAUUAAGGACAUGGUUUCAAGAGACAGGACAGUUGGCACUACUUUUGUUGUCGUUGGUGGAGGACCUGCAGGUGCAUCUUGUGUGGAGACCCUACGCCAAGAGGGUUUCAGAGGACGAAUUGUGUUUGUCUGCAAGGAACAAGCUUUGCCUUAUGACCGUGUUAAAACAAGCAAGGCUUUAGAUGUUAAACUAGACAGUAUUACCUUCCGAACUGCCAGUUUCUAUAAGGAACAUGGAAUAGAGGUACUGACUGGCACAGAAGUCAUUGGCUUAAAUCCUGAAGCAAAGGUUUUGAAACUUAGCUCUGGAAACGAACUGAAGUAUGAUGCUGUCUUCUUAGGCACUGGUUCAGAUGCACGUCGACCCCCCAUUCCUGGAGCAGACCUAAAAAAUAUAUUUGUGGUUCGUACAAUAGAAGACUCAUAUGGUAUUUCUGGUCAACUUGGCCCAGAGAAAAAUAUUGUUAUCCUUGGAGCAUCAUUUGUUGGCAUGGAAGCUGCUGCAUCUUGUGUGGAGAAAGCAAAGUCAGUGACUGUGAUUGGUAGAGAUACUGUUCCGUUCCGUGCAGUUCUGGGAGAAGAGAUUGGAGCCCGCCUAAUGGCCCUGUUCAAGGAGAAGAAUGUUUUGUUCAAAAUGCAAUCAGGAGUGGCUCGCUUCCUGGCAGGUCCUUCAGGUGAUACAGUGAGUCAGGUGGAGCUCGCAGAUGGCAGCACUCUACCAGCUGACAUAUGUGUGCUUGGAAUAGGAUCUUCACCAGCCACAAAAUUCCUUGAUGGAUCAGGUGUGGAUAUGGAUAAGAGUGGUGCUAUCAUUGUUAACAAGCAUUUGGAGAGUAACAUAAAGGGUGUGUAUGCUGGUGGUGACAAUGCAUAUGCCCCUAUACUUGAUACCACUGCAUGCAUUGGACAUUGGCAGUUGGCACACUACCAUGGCCGUAUUGCGGCACUCAAUAUGGCAGGCAAAGAGACAGAAGUACAGACAGUUCCCUUUUUCUGGACCAUGCUCUUUGGAAAAGGUGUUCGGUUUGCAGGAUAUGCACCAAAGUUUGACGAAGUUGUGAUUGGUGGAAGUCUGGAGGAACUGAAGUUUGUGGCACAUUAUAUUGUUGGUGACCGUGUGGCUGCUGUUGCAACAAUUGGAAGUGAUCCUGUUGCAGCCAAAUUUGCUGAGUUGGUAUCCACAGGAAAACAGCUUCUCAAGUCAGAUCUGCAACCAGAUGCAAUGGCCUGGACAAAGAAAUAAAUUAUCCUGAAUAGGCACAAGGGCCAAUCACAGUUGAAGGGUAUGACCUAAUCCUGAAAUUGAUAACAGUAUUUUAUUGGCUCAGUAAUUCUCAAGUGUUUAUGUAUAAAAACAGAAUUUAUUAAUGUAAAAAUAUACAUUUAGAAAGAAUUGCAUCAAUAGAGAUAUUAUGCAUUCAGGAAAUUAUUUUUAUAUUUGUAUAUUUAAAUUUUACAGAACCAGUAUUCAGCAGGUUUUAGCAGUAUAACCAGGUCUGCAUUUAGAAUGUUACAUUUGUAUUAGUACUGUUGACAGAAAUAUUGGCAAUAUGUAUUUUUAUUUAUGUUAUGUAGAUUAAAGGAUUGGGCUUUAGGCUAGAUGCAGUAAAGGGGUAGGUGUAAAAUGACCAUUGCAGCGCCACUGUCGUUGACUUGUGCAUGUAAUAGAAUAGGUUGAAGUUUCACUGAUAUUAAAAACAGUUCCAUGGUAGCAAAACAUAACAAAAAUUUAAAAUUAACCAUAAACAACAUAUCAAAUUCUUCAACCUUACAUGUGUGCCCAACAGGUUAUUGUACAGAAACAGAGAACUGACAUUAUUGGUUGCUAUAUUCUGUUGUAACAAUUGAUUAUUCUGUGUUCCAUUAAAUGGAUUGAUGUGUAAUUGAAAUGCCAGAUUUGUUAGCUUGUAUGUUAGUGAAUGCUUCACAUUUUAUCUGUUUCUUUUUAGUUCUCUCUCCUAAUGAUUUUGUAUUUUUUAUGGAAAUUAAUAUAAAAUUUCCUGUUGUUUGAUGAGCUCAGAUGACUCUUUAAAAGUAUCUUGAACAUUGAAAUGAACAAAAUGUACAUUGUUAGUGGAAGGUGAACAAAAGAAGUAUUUGGUGAAACUUCACACAUUAUUAACAGUUCUUAUAAAUGGAAAUCACAUUUUGAACAUUUGUGUGUGUAUAAGACAGUAUGAAUGAUGGUCAUAAGAUUUUACCAUAGGAUGGAGGCCAUAUACCAGUAAACAAUAAUUAAAAACUUGGCUCCUGCCUUCUAGAAACUCAAUCACAUCUCCGUUGUUGACAUUAAUAAUUUGUUACAGAGACAACCAUUUUUAUGUAGGAAAGGGUCCAUAGUAGUAAGUUAUUGACUGUCAAGGUAGGUGUUACAGUUAUAAUUGUCCCAUAAAAGGAAUAACAAAUGACGUGUGUGAAAUUUUGCUUUGGUUGUGAACAUGGCUGGAAAUGGGGUAAACAUGGAUAGGUGUCAUCUGCUUAUUCCAGAGCACUUCAUUUUGAGGAAGCUAUUUCCAGUGCCUUAAGACAUACUUAUCAUUCUCAACAAUGAUACAUAUAGGGAUAAAUUUAUGAGUUUACCUUGUAAGAACCUUUCAAUAUAUGUUGGUCAUUCCCUGAAGCUUUUGCUUAGUUCUGGAAAAUCGUGUCUGCUUAUCAUUGUAAAUGAAAUAUUCUGAGAAUUCUCAUUCCCAAACAUCUAAACAGAGUACUUCUGUGUCAGACAUGCCUAAUAGUCACUGAUACUUAUCUCUGGCUUACAAGUAUUGUGAUUUAAUUCAGAAUUUGGGUUUUACAUAAUUAACAUAGGGUUAAUGGUUUUUGUCUGUGAUUUAAAAACUGAUGCAGAUUAAUGUAUAACAAUUUGAGAUGCUGUGUUGUUUAAAAAAGCAAUGUGAUAUUUAAUAUAUAUAUAUGAAAUUUAAGUACUUUGUAGCAGAGGUUGUUGAUUUCUCAUCAUGUAUGUACUUAGUAUGUUUUGUGGUAUGUUUGCUUGUAUUUAUGAUAUGAGAAGUUCUGCUG